AUGUAUUUAGGGUCAACUGACUCCUUACUCGAAUCAAUUGAUUCAAACAUCGACAAUCUGUCCAAUGAAGGCCUCGAUUCUCUACUCAAGAAUAUAGAUGCCUUCCAGCAGGAUCCCUCUAUUCUGCUUCGCAGAAACAAAUUACCAGGUUAUAUCAAAUCUUUGACUCACGAUUACUUUACAUUGGAAUAUGAAUUGCAGUUAUUAAGGUGCAAAGUUUUCUAUAAUUUGUCGAAAGUCGUUACUUGGAAGAAAAUCGUCGUAUAUCUACCUACUAAUGUCUUUCUGAUAACAAGAUUGCUUGAAAUUCUACAGACUGAAGCCAAGAGUUGGUAUACUCCAUAUUUUCUAUUAUCUUGGGUUUAUAUCCUGACUUUGUCACCUUUCAAAUUCGAUGAAGUUCAUGAUAGGAUUUAUAAAGUGGCAGGGAAGUACACAAAAUUACAAACAGUGCAACCAAUCGUGGCUCAAAUACAUGCUCAAUUACUACUCAAAAAUACAGAAGCUUUCAAACCACAUGACCUGGACCUGCUAACACUCAAUUACUACCUCAAAGGAAUAAAACCGGAUAGUACAGUGAUCGAUGAGUCGAUGCUACACCAUUUCAAUUCAAUGUGUUUCCAGAGAGAUGAUAUAAUUGCGCUAAAAAUUCUACCAAAAUUGUUCAAGAUCAAUGCAUUUCAUGACGAGUGGGAAGCAGUGGAAGAUAUCAUAUCGUAUUUCUUGUCCCAUCUCGACGACUCAUUUACAAAUUAUCGAUUCGCGCUGGCGCACUCUUUUUCCAAAGUAGUCAACACUUUGAUCAAUGAUUUCGACGAUUUAGAUACUGCAACUGGGUUGGUUGAAUCAUGCAUUGACCGUAUCAAACAUUGUCUUUACGAAACACCCACGUCUUUGAUUGAUCACGAUUUCCUGCAUACAAACCUUCUUAUCAUCGCAGAACUUUGCCAUGCCAUAGCCCAGAAUAUGCCGCAACUACUAAAUACCGUUGCGAUGGAACUAAUCCCACCUGCUUUAAAGUUCCAACAACUGAAAAUGAACGAGAUUAAAGGAUCACAGAUUAAAGACGCGUCAAAUUUCAUUUGCUGGUCAUUGGCAAGAUCAACGAGAUCUCCAGAGGUGAAACUAUCUGAAGAUGUGGAAGUGUCAGUUUUAUUGAAUCUGUUAGUUUGUUCGUCUUUUGAUCGAGAUUUACUUGUUCGCAGAUCUGCAAACGCUGCUAUGCAAGAACUACUGGGUAGAUGUUUUGCAGCAACGAAUGUUUUUGAAAACGAUGCUAUUAUGAAAAUUAUAGAGCUACCUAUAUUGAACUUGGCGGAAAAUUAUGUCGAUAACGCGGAUGAAAUUUAUACGUUGUUCACCAAGAAUGAAAGCCACAAACCAUACGCCCUCUUUGUGUUGAAUUGGCUUAUCGACAUUAAUCUUGCGGCAAAUUGCGACCUAUACAUUGUACGCCUCACUAUAGAGGCACUACUAAGAUUAGCACAAAAGUUUCCAAACACGAUAUCCCACAUAAAAAUCAAACUAGACCGAUUGAUCAAUCAGAAAGAUACCUUGAUCGCGGCUAGAUCGCUCGAUUUGAUACUCACUAUGGAAUCAGAGGAAUUGUUUUCUUCUCAAAAUAUUAGUACCUCGAAUGAGAUUCACACUGUCAUGGAUAUCAUGUUGGAAUCUGUGAAGAUUCAUCAUAGAGCUCAUGGAAACGAUAUCAACGAAUUCUUCAAGUUUUUCGUCAUUCUCAAAGGCUGGGUUUUUUCUUUAAGGAAAUUACAGAAUUUUUCAUUUACAGGAAGGCAGAUAGAGAUUUGCUUCCACAUUGUUAGAAUGACAUCAGACUCCCCAUACUACAAAUCAGAAUUCAAAAACCUCUUCAAUGAGUUCGUUCACUCGUUAUCUCGAGAGCCUCAUUUGUUUGCGACUUCUGAGGAUGAAGUAUCCUUCUGGACAAUUUUCGAAAAGUUUACUAGACUCAACAACUCACUAACGUCUUCAGCAUUACCCGAGUUACCACCCGCUAAAUUCUACGACAUCUUCCUCAAAUCUUUGCCUAUAAUGGAUAGUCAGAGAAAGUCUCGACUCUUGGAUUCCUUGAUUGACCAUUUGCCAAACAUAGUCAAUACAACCGGUAAUAGUAUUCUCAACAUCAUUGUUCAACUGCUCAACGACUAUACGAUAACCCAACAAGGUGAUGUUGGGCGAUUAGUGCGGAUAAGUGCUUCUAAAAUAGUCGCACGCCAUAAAGACAUUUUUUGGGAAACUAAGGACCAGCAAUUGAUCGAUGAUGUUGUCUCUAACCUUCUGAGAUUAAGCGGAGAACAAGUGAAAGAAGCAAGAAUCAUCUGUUUCAAAACGCUCUGCAAAGUGUAUGGUUAUUCAGUUGAGGGUGGUUGUGAGGUCUCAAAUUCUCGGUUGCUUGACUUUCAGCAUCAAUUCUUCCAAGGCAAAUCGAGUGCCUUCUGGAAAGGUUAUAUGGUCACAGGUGGCGCAAUCAACUUUUCAAUUUCGGAAGUUACCAAUGCCAUCGAUGAUUUUAUGAUCUAUUACUACUCUCUACCUAGCGAUCAGGAUCGACUCAAUAUCUGUAACUGCCUCAUGCGUAUUAUACCUUCUGCUAAAGAAGUUACAGAGCACCAAAACACUAUUGAAAAGAAUGUACUAGGGCUUACAAAGCCGGAUCUCCUCAAAACUACGAUCACUUUUUUGAAUUUUUGGACACGACUGAUGGAGUCAGGUCUUAUGAUCGACCCUCAUUUCAACUUUAAUGGGGUCUAUGCAAAGAUCUACAACUUGAAUCUAAUCAAGGGCAGCAGCUUAUUAAAGCUAUGCACAAUUCAGAUGCUUCCGCAUCUCUUAUCGUCGCAAGUGUAUUCUCUGAAUGAGAUUGAUAGAGCAUUUGCUAAUAAAGUUAUCAGGCGACUCUUAGUUUUAGCCCAGCGUGAGGCGCAACAAAAGGUCCAGAUGAGUGGAUCUGAAUCUUCGCUUGUUCAAAAAGCCCUAAUUGAAGCGCUGGCGCAGAUAUAUGCAGAGCACGGGUAUCUUAAACAACUUGAAAUCCUUAAGAACGCCACGGCUAAUGAUAAUGCAAUCAUAGCCUUAUCAGAGUCACAGCUAAUUUUAUGA